UACACCAGGAUUUUUUUUUCCAAAUUCAGCGUCCCCAAGUUGUAAUGAUCCUGUCAAACAUACAAAAUUGCAGCCGCGCUAAGACGUCAAUUUCAGCCAAUCGUGUAUACUAUAUUCCAUUUUUUAAUGUAGUGAAUAAUUUCAUUCACGUUAACAUUUGAUCAACAUCUGCUCAAGCUCAUCUGCAAAAUAUGAAUUCGUAUCACGUUUUAGAACUGGUGGGAGAGGGCUCGUUUGGUCGCGUUCACAAAGGGAUGAAGAAAUUUACGGGUCAAGUGGUAGCUCUCAAGUUCAUGCCAAAGAUGGGUCGCUCAAACAAAGAACUGCAAAGUCUAAAGAAGGAAAUUGAAAUAAUAAGUAACCUUCAGCAUCCAAACAUUGUGAAAUUUUAUGACAGCUUUGAAACCGAAACAGAGGUUGUGGUUGUGACCGAGUAUGCAGAGGGUCAGUUGUUCCAGAUUAUUGAAGAUGAUGGCAGUUUACCAGAAAGUCAGGUUUGUGAGAUUGCCUGCCAGCUCGUGUCAGCGUUAUAUUAUUUGCACUCCCGCCGUAUCCUGCACCGAGACAUGAAACCACAAAAUAUCCUCUUUGAUAAAAACGGUGUGGUGAAAUUAUGUGACUUUGGGUUUGCUCGGGCAAUGAGUGUCUCCACCAUGGUGCUGACUUCUAUCAAGGGAACACCACUUUAUAUGUCCCCUGAGUUAGUUGCGGAGAAGCCUUAUGACCACACCGCUGACCUCUGGUCCCUGGGCUGCAUCCUUUAUGAACUCCUCACAGGGGUGCCUCCAUUCUACACCAAUUCUAUUUUCCAUCUGGUGCAGCUCAUUGUGAAAGACCCCAUCAAAUGGCCAGACACUAUGAGCAGCACAUGCAUGAGUUUUCUGAAAGGUUUGUUGACGAAAGACCCUCAGAAGCGACUGUCAUGGCCAGAGCUCCUCCAUCAUCCUUUUGUUGCUGAUGGUGUUCUAGUGAUUCCAGACACAGGUGUUUUCAGUCCACUGACAGUCACGCCUGACCCAGAUAUGCUGGCACUGAAACUGAAACAAAUGGCAGAAAAGACAUCGCUAAACUCUGGGGAGAGCAAAAUAUUGAGAAAGGUCAAAGAGCAGAGGAGCAAAAGUAACACAAAGAAACCAUCUGACAGUGCUAAAAAUAUGAUGGAUGAACUGCAAAGUGAAGAGACCAAGUCUGUGUUGACAGUAGCGCCCCCUGGUGACACCUCUGUAGCCUCAAUUCAGUCAUCUUUUAAAGCCCCUUUAAGUGCUUUUCCAAGGACUCAGACUGGCACCCUGCAAAAAAGGGGUCCAAUCAGUCAGGACUACGAACGCGAGUUCCCCUCCAUAGAAGUCGGGCCACGACUAAUCCAAAGGACACUCAAGAACAAACCUGAAGUCAUUGCACAUAUGUCAAGUUCCAUAGCAGCUGAUAGUGAGGAUUUUUGGUUGAAGCUUGUUGAGGAAUCCGAUCCAAGCGGAAAAACGCAAGACCCAUUAAACUACCGCAUUGUUAUUGUUAAAGUGAAAUCCACAAUUUUAGCAUUUAAGCAGCAGCUAGAUGAUGGUGUGCUGAAAGACAUUCGGUCCAUUCACCUUCCGCUCAAGGUCCUACAGAACCUGAUUCUGACCUCUGACCUUGCCAUUAGGAACCACAUUGGCAGUGAACUUGGACUGCCAAGUCUUCUCAUUGACUUAGUUCACGACUUUGUGGAAAACUCACGUUUUACUGAGCAACCGUGGAGUCUGCCAACACUUGGAGAAAUGAUUGUUGUGCUGCUGAUCUACUGGGACAAAAACUAUGACAGCUUAAGAGCAGAAAAUAGACCCGAACGAUUCAUCAAGCCUUUCAUGACCAUCCUUAACCAAGAGGAACUCAAUCCCUUAGCCCCUCUGGCUGCAGGUAUUUUAUCUGUGUUGAGCCAGCAUGACAUUGCUGUUCAAGCUGAUGUGAAAAGGCUGCUUUCCUUGCUGAAAGAACUUGUCAGUGGUUCACGUCAGCUCCAAGUUCCACUCCCGCCAGGUCGGGGACUCUGUGACGGCCUCCUCGCCUUGCUAUUCCACACGGUGGAUGAGCAUGAUGAUGCCUCUUUAUGUUGGGAUGCACUCAUAUUAAAUCACCUUUGGGAAGGGAUUGGCACUGCGCUGGCAAAGACCAAGCCAGACAUAGAUUUGUGUUCAGCAAAUGGUCUGCAUUUUCUUAUGUCUGUCUCAUUGUUGGUCUUCUCCAAGGAUCCAUAUUGGUAUAUUUCCCUCUUUACUGAGAGCAACUCAAAAUUUCUAUACACUCUUGGCUGGCUGCUGAGCUCUGAAUGUUGUAUAUUUGCAGAGGGCCAUUCAGGUCCGUUGGAGGAGGGUUUUAGUGGCGAGAGCUUCAUCGAGUUGAGCUGCCACUUCCUGUGCCUUCCAUUUGCUUUGGACUUGAAUUCAUGCACCAGUUCUAGAAUAUUGCACUUGUAUGACAGCUGCGGUGUGGUUAAAGGGCUUCUGCAGGUGAUUCAAACGCUUCCUGUUUCAUUAGUGGAGCUGCCACUGUCACUUCUGCGCCGCUUGUUGCUGCGCGACCGUCAACGCUUUGUUUACCACCUCGGUAAAGCUGCUCGUGGAUUUUUCUCUGCACCGGCACUCAGUCCGUCGGGUCAGCAGACACCGCCCAGAACUGCAAGUUCUUUGCUCUCUGAUUUGCUUCAGCGAGAUGAGCUCGGGGACUCUGCCGUAGAGCUCCUCUCCCUGUUAUACCUCCUCGGCCGUUUUUGCCCUCACUCCGGUCACCUCCAGCUUCACGUUGAAUCGUCCGUGUUACUGCAGGCGCUCACUCAUGCUUAUGACCCAAUCAAGGCCGCCACAUGCAAAGUUUUGGGAAAUUUAUAUCCAUUCAGGUCACCCAAAUUGCCCAAUUUAAGAGUUAUCAUUUUUAAAAGCAUGAUAGACCUUCUCGAGGACUCUAAUGUGCAUGUGCGGCAGGUGGCUUGCUUGUCAGUUGGCAAAUGGUUAGGUUAUAUUGCGGUGAAAGCUGCAUCUAACGCAGGAAGGCGGUUAAUAAUGAAGGACAAUGAAGCACACAGGGGUUCAAGCAGGGAGAAUAUAGACAAGCCAGGUGAUGAUGAGAUGAGACCAUGGCUGGAAGAAGCCAGGAUGACGGGAGCCGCACUGGCGUCACUGACCUCUGACCCGAAUGCCCACACUCGUCACCAUGCCUGCGCAGCUCUGGGAAACCUGCUACAUGUUCAAGGCGCUAUCUCCGAGCUGCUGCAAGAAAGCGUGUCCAGACUACUUCUGAGAGCCGCAUGCACAGAUUCCCAUAAUGUAGUGAGAGAGGCCGCCAUUGCAACUUUGAGUUUGUACAUCCAGCAGGAUGCAUUGCGACAGGUCUUAAUAUCACUGGAUGCCAGAGGACAACUACUCCAGGCUCAACAUACACCUCUACAAUGUGACUAUCUUCCUCUUAUGAGACAGCUCCAGACAGAGAUUGAUAACAAUUCAUAACUUUUUCACCUUUGUUGUGUCUGCCAGGAAACAACUACUUCAAGCAUAUUCAUGCAAUUGAAUGCAAUAAUUGAUGCAAAAAGACUAAAAUGAAUCCCAAAAAUGGAAAGUGCAUGAAUAUUACUGUUUGAAUCACAGUAAAGUGGUUGAUAUCCAAAUUACAAAGUUUUAAAAAUGUGUUAUAAGGGCUGUGAAUGGACAAAAAGGUUUUACGAUAUUAGUAAUAAAAAUAUGAUGUACUGAAUAUUUUA